GGCAUUGGUUGCAAAGCCUAGCAUUGAGUGCAUUGUUUGUCUGCAGAGACACUCACUGUCCGUACGAGUGAUUCACGCAUUCAUAGCAUUCACACACAGCUAUACGACAGCACCGGACGUCUACCCAACCAAACGACACCCGGUUUUCGCUGAGAUCUUCACAUUUGUCUCCAUUAUUGUCACCCAAUCUAAUCCACGGGCGAAGAAGUGCACAUAUAAUGGGCGUUGAGGUGCAGACCAUCCAAGAGGGCGACGGGUCCACUUAUCCCAAGACCGGCCAAACCGUUGUCGUACACUAUACAGGCACUCUGGCGGACGGCUCUAAGUUUGACUCAUCACGCGAUAGGGGAAAGCCAUUCAAGUUCAAGAUCGGCAAAGGGGAGGUGAUCAAGGGCUGGGAUGUCGGUGUCGCACAGAUGUCUGUGGGCCAGAGGGCGCGACUCAUCUGUUCCCCGGACUUUGCGUACGGCAGUAAAGGACAUCCCGGUGUCAUACCCGGCAACGCCACCCUCACGUUUGACGUGGAGCUCAUCAAACUAGAGUGAAAUCCCUGGCCUCCCGGCCCUCCCACACACACCUAAACACCCGUUAAUCCCAAUUAAUACUAUACUAUAAGAUAGCGAAACAAAAAAUACACACAAAUUAUACGCAAAUUUUCAAUUGAAAUCAUUUUUAAUUAUAAUUAUUAUUACUAUUGGUCUUACUUUUUAUGAUAAAAAAGUUUUUUAUGUUUUAACACACCAUAUAUCCUAUGAUUCAAACAAAUUGUAUUCAGAUUUAUGUGAGUUUUUGAUAACUAUUUGUCAAAUCAUUUGUGAAUCCGAUGUCUCUGUGAGACGCGCCGUAAGAUUAGUGCAAAACGAUUAUUAAAACCCGUUGAUUGACUCGUAUUUAUAUUUGUCUAACACUUGACAGUGAGAGCGACUAAACACUUAUAUCUGUCUGUCUGUGCUGUAAAUCUCCUUCCCAUACAACCCGUUAAAACAUAGUCCAUACGUAAAGCCGAUUGUAUUUGGGUAUUGUCUCUCGAAAUACCAAACUUUUGUGUAGACUUUAGCGAACUAUCGGUGUAUUUGGUAUCGAUUGUGUCUUUUAUGUACUAAUUAUUAUUAUUUUGUGUUUUGAUUAUUAUUUUUAGGGAAAAAUACUAUUAUUACUAAUAUUAUUAUAAGUCUUUUUGUUUAUCAAACAUUUUGUCUGUUUUAUUUUUCGGUGGUUUUGUAUUGAAUAUGUAUUGUGUGUGUGUUUUACCGCACAAUAUAUGUUGUAAUACUUAUACGAAACAGUGGACAGUAUUUGUUAUACGUUUAUAUCCAUUGAUAAUGCUUUGUAUUUAGACGUGAAUACAAUAUAUCCAUUGAUUUGUAUUAUAAUAAUUGAAUGUUUCCUCUAUUGCGUGAAAAGCACUGAUAAUUAUAUCAUUAAUACAGCAAAAUAUGCAACAAAUCGUAUCGCAUAUUAGUUAUCGAAAUACAAAUAAUUAAUAAAAAUCUGUAUUAAAAGGCCGUAAUUUUCCUAUUAAUCCG